CGAUCGACACGGUACAAUUGCGUUUUGCAGAUUAGAUAAAGGCUGUAGAAAAACUACAUGAGUUAGCUGUAUAAAAACUGGUUUUAUGAGUGAGGGAAGGCCAGUUUAUGUUGUGCUCAUAGUGACGGAUGUUCGUUUGACGUUGUAUUCGAGUAAAGUAAAAUAAAUAUUGUAAAAUUCUGUUAGAAAAAAUGGUCGAGGAAACAAAUGUCGGAUACUCGGGAAUAAAUAUUUCCACAAAUGUCGUUAAGCCAAAAGGACACUCUCGUGUACCUUCAAGUACAGACUUGAAAGAGUUCAAAGAAGUUACUCAACGUGAUUCAUUGGUACAAUUAGAAAAAGAAAUGACCGCUUUGCUUAAAACAACAUCAGAUGACAAAAGAGAUUUAGCAAAGUCUCAAUUUACAGCGUUUUCGCGCUUAUUUCAACGUUUCCUGGAAGAAUCUGGCCCAUCAGUUGAUUGGGACAAAAUUGAAAAAUUGCCUACUGAUGCUAUACGAGAUUAUGAUACUUUAUCGAAACCAAGCCCCGAUGAUAUUCAUUCUAAGCUUGAAAAAUUGGUGGUAGUUAAACUUAAUGGAGGUCUUGGUACAUCCAUGGGAUGCCGUGGUCCAAAGUCUGUUAUACAAGUCAGAAAUGAUCUUACCUUCCUUGAUUUAACGGUUCAACAAAUUGAGCACUUAAAUAAAAAAUACAAUGUAAAUGUACCAUUGGUUUUAAUGAACUCUUUUAAUACGGAUAAAGAUACUGAACAAAUUAUUCGAAAAUAUAAAGGACUUCAAGUAGAGAUAUAUACAUUUAACCAAAGCUGUUUUCCUCGAGUAUCUAAAGAAUCACUUCUACCAAUUGCACAAGACUGUGAUAUUGAAGGCAACAUUGAGGCUUGGUAUCCUCCAGGUCACGGAGAUUUCUAUGAUAGUUUUAAAAACUCAGGAUUAUUACAAAAGUUUAUUGAUAGCGGUCGGGAUUAUUGUUUCAUCUCAAACAUUGACAACUUAGGUGCAACUGUUGACCUAAAUAUCCUCAAUAUGUUAUUAGACCGUGGAACUAAUCCUCUUGAAUUUGUAAUGGAAGUUACCAAUAAAACUAAAGCUGAUGUUAAAGGUGGUACAUUAAUUCAGUAUGAGAAUAAAUUGAGACUAUUGGAAAUAGCGCAAGUUCCUAAAGAACAUCUUGAAGAAUUUAAAUCAGUAAAAAAGUUUAAGUUUUUUAACACUAACAACUUAUGGAUCAAACUUGAUGCUAUUGAUAAAGUUUUAAACGAAGGAUCCAUGAAUUUGGAAAUUAUAGUCAAUAAUAAAACAUUGGACAACAAUUUAAAUAUAAUUCAACUUGAAACAGCAGUUGGUGCAGCUAUGAAAUCUUUUAAUGGUGGUCUUGGUAUAAAUGUACCAAGAAGUCGUUUCUUACCAGUUAAAAAAACCUCUGAUCUUUUAUUGGUGAUGAGCAACUUGUACCACAUGAGAAAUGGAUCAUUGUCAAUGAGUCCAUUGAGAAUGUUUCCUACAACUCCGUUAGUUAAACUGGGCGAUAAAGAUUUUGCAAAAGUAAAAGACUUUUUGUCUCGUUUUGCAACUAUUCCUGACAUACUGGAAUUGGAUCAUUUAACAGUUUCUGGUGAUGUAACAUUUGGUCGAAAUGUUUCUUUGAAAGGAACUGUUAUUAUAAUUGCAAAUCAUGGAGAUAGAAUCGACAUCCCUUCAAAUGCCACUCUCGAGAACAAGAUAGUGUCUGGAAAUCUGAGAAUACUCGAUCAUUAAUAAUAUGGCACAUUGCUACUUAUUGUUUGAAAUAGCACAACAUAUUUUAAUUAUUAUAGUAUUGUUUUAGAUAUAUAUAUAUAUAUAUUUAUUGUUUUUAUUUAUUUUCAAAGUUGUUUUAGUGAAUUAUUUACAGUUGUUAUAUUGAGAAUGGGAAGAUCUAAUUGCCAUGCUUUCAAAAUGUUUUAAGAAUAAAUUAUUGAAUUAAUA